CCCAACUGCCAUUCACAAUCGACUGGUCGAGGCCUCGUUUCCUUGCUUUGACUAUAGUCUAUUUCUUCUUCGAGCAAGCCACAAAACCUCCCAUUCCCGCACACUGGGACUUUUCUGGAGCCCAACUAGCGUAACUACAACAAUAAAAGUCUUGUGAAAAUGGCGUCGGCAAGACACCCAAGACGAUCGACUGGCCCUCACCGUGAGAAGAACCACCGAAUAUCGGCCAACGGCACACGCGAUGCCACCCUACCACGACAUCGCCAGGACAUUGAGCAUGGCACGAGCGGUACCAAGAGGAGGCGCAGGCGAGGGCCCAAGAUCCGUGUCGAAGGAGAGAGUGGACGUCGUGGCCUGCACCCGCUGCACUUCUUCAGGAUCAUCUGGCGAAGCACCUGCUUCCUAUCCCGAGCCGUCAAUAUCCUGUGGCCCAUUGUCCCUAUCGCCAUAGCUGUCUACUAUCGAGUCGAAGGGCACGACACAGCCAAGUUCACUUUGGCAUAUAUCGCCAUGGUGCCUUGUGCUAACCUUAUAGGAUUUGCCGGUCAGGAAUUGGCACGCAAGAUGCCUCACAUGCUGGGCGUCUUGACUGAAACCACCAUCGGUUCCAUCGUCGAAAUCGUCUUGUUCAUGAUCCUCCUUGCGAAUAGACUCUACCCGGUCAUUCAAGCCGCUAUCCUCGGUUCGAUCCUGGCGACUAUGUUGCUGUGUCUUGGAAUGUGUUUCUUUGCCUCUGGUAUUAGACGGGAAGACGCUCACUUCGACGAGGCCAUCACUGAAGCGGGUAGUGGGCUACUUCUUACUGCCGGUGUGGCUCUUGCGGUUCCAACCAUUUACGAAUACUCUCUGGCUCCACUAGUUGAGAGAGGUGAAUUGGCAUGGACCACGGAACAGCUCGACGGAGAGGUACUCCACAUCUCGCGUGCCGUAGCGAUCCUCCUCCUCAUCGGCUAUGCAACAUUCAUCUUCUUCCAGACGCGUACCCACCACGGUCUCUUCACCGCCAUCUUCGAACACGAUGAGGCCCGAGAUCACGACCGUGAAAAGGACGAAGCGAAAGACAAGCUCACAUUGACGGAAUGUAUCGUCGCACUGGUGAUCUCCGUCGGUCUCGUUACCAUUAUCGCCUAUAUUUUGGUCAACGAGAUUGAGCCCUUGGUAGAGCACAACGGCAUUUCGGAUCCAUUUAUGGGAUUGAUUCUUGUGCCGCUUGUCGAGAAGGCUGCCGAACAUCUCACCGCCGUCGAUGAGGCCUGGGAUAACCAGAUGAACUUUGCCCUUUCCCACUGCGUCGGCGCAACGCUGCAGACGGCGAUGCUCAACGGUCCCCUGGUCGUUCUCGUAGGCUGGAUCAUGAAUAGACCCAUGUCCUUCAAUUUUGAAAUAUUUGACAUGGUCAUGUUAGUACUGGCCAUCAUCACGGUCGGAAACUUCUUGCGGGAUCAGAAGACCAAUUACCUCGAAGGUGUAUUGUGCGUCCUCGUGUACGUGGCAAUCGCAACAGCGGCCUUCUUUUACCCAUCCCUUCAUGUCGCCAGCGCCGAGGGGAGUGGCGGGGAACACUAACUCGAUGGGAGUUUCUCAUACACGGGAUUGGUGUUGAAAGUAGUUAACUUGUGAUUUUGUCGUGUUUUAGGAAAGGGAAGCGAAUAUCGGAGUG